AAAAAUCUCUACAAGAAUUUCCGUACCCCAUCAUUACGGAGGAUAAGAUGGAGAUAGGGUUCCACUCCUGUGUGACACGAUAACAUCCCUACACAUACAUAGUCAAGUGAUAGGACCUCAGCCUUUAAAACCUUGACUUUUUUUCUUUUUUUUUUGGUACAUAAAAAAACCUUGACUAUUAAGUCUAAGCUAAUUGGAAUUAAAAAAACACUAUUGUCAUAUACAUAGAUUUUUUUUCCUAAUCUUCGAGUUCAAUUACAAAUUUUAUGAAAGAAUUUCCUUUCUGUCAAAUGUCAGUCCACCUCCAAUGGUCGCUCUCUGUUUAAUCCACAUCAACAGAAGAAAAGGGGACCUUGAGAGAUCAAGCUAGUUCUAUACAGUUCAAACAUAUAGGAAAGUACUGUACCAUGAACGAAAAGGAUAGAGAAGAAAUGCCAAUGGGGCAGCCAGCCAAUAGUCAUAGGCAACGUAAGAGGCAUACAAACUGAUUGAGUAAAACAUAUAAGACAGUCUGUCGGCUAUUAUCUCUCCUAUAAUUCUGGAAUCUCUGAUCAUGUUACUCAGCAAACAAUAGUACUUAAUUGGCAUUAAUUGGGAGCAGAGAAAUGAAUUAUAAAUGCAAUCAUAAUAACGUGUAAUUGAUGGAAACUGUUGGAAUGAUACAGCAACACAUGACCAUGGCAACAAAAAGGAAAAAAAAAGUUACUGACCUGCGCUCAGGCAUUAAUCUACAAAUCAGUGGGGAAAAUAGUAAAGCAUAUGAACAUGCUGUGUUUCAAUCCUGAAAAAUAUUCAGCAUUACUCAAUCAGUUUUAGUUGUCACCACAUAUUCAAGGAAGAUAUUCUGCACAAGCUUCCAGUUCCACUGUUUGCAAAAUCACAGAGCAAGAUAACAGGGCAGGUGAAUGAACACAGCAUACUAUAACAGCAAACCAUACCGACAAAUUAAAGUAAACGUGCUCGAACUGUUCAAAUUGUCAAAACCCCUAGCGGCCUUUGUCUUCAUGCUAAUGAAUGAUUCCCCUCCUCGUCCUAAAGCUAGAGUAACCUGCCUCAAAUUGUACAGAAGUGUUGGCAUUGGGUUCCUCUCGCGGCUUUGAUAAACAUUAACACUCAAAUAGUAUCGAACAAAAUGUUAUGUCUAUCUUGUCCUAGCACAAAUGAUAGCACCUUCCCUACAUCAAACGCAUCGUAAAAUAGUUAUAAAGUAUAAACACAGUAUAUCUUGAUAUAAAAUAAUUUUAUGCUAAGUGAAGUUAUAUACAAAACCAAAUUAUGAGCAGAUAUCUGGUCUCAAUAUUAUACACAACUUGCAUUUGCAAACAAAUGUUUACAUGCACGAGCACGUCGCAUUACCCUCUCACCCUCAUUAUAGACUCUCAUCUGUAGGUAUGACACAAUCAAUGCCACAUCUUGCACUUGCACAGGUAGCCACACACCUGCUCCAACAAUGCAGUUAAACUCUCCCAUUAAUGUUCAGCUGAUUUGAUCUUGACAAGAGCAGCCCACCAAAGUCUUGUUAUCUUUCUACUUGUUUCUCUCUACUCACAUCUGUUACAAAGCCUUCUAGCGACCACCAUGUCAUACCCAGUCAUUCUCAUAAGAACCCAGUUCUCUUGCUGUUGAAUAAGUCUCCUUCUGCUUC